AUGACAACUUACCAAAAAGUCGUCCUCGCCAAACGGCCAGCAGCCAACAUCAUCCCCGGCGAGACGUUCAGACUAGAAAGCGCCAAAGCACCGACAGAAACCGAUCUCAAAGAUGGCGAAGUCCUCUUCGAAGCCCGCUAUCUGUCCCUCGACCCAGCUAUGCGGGGAUGGCUGAAUGACACAAGAAGCUACGUCCCGCCAGUGCAGAUCGGCGAGACGAUGCGCGGCUACGCCGUCGGCGUGUGUAAGGCUUCAAAGUCGAAGAAGUUCCCUGCUGGUAGCGUCGCGUCUGGUAUUACGGGGUGGACCGAGCUGGCUGUGGUGAAUGAGAAGACGCUGCAGAAGGUUGUGCUGCCUAAGAAUGGGUGGUUGACGGAUACGCUGAGCGUGCUUGGCACCACUGGCCUCACAGCCUACUUCGGCCUCCUUAACGUCGGCCAGGUCAAAGCCGGCGACUUCGUCGUCGUCUCCGGCGCUGCAGGCGCCACGGGCUCAGUCGUGGGCCAGAUCGCCAAGCUCAAAGGCGCAACCGUCCUCGGCAUCGCCGGCAGCGACGACAAAUGCACAUGGCUACGCGAACUCGGCUUCGACGACGCCUCAACUACAAAUCGCCUACCUUCGCCGCCGACUUCCGCGCGCGAACCAAGCCCCUGA